AAAUUUAAUUAAGAUUAAAAAAAAUUAAAAAAAAAACAACCAAAAACUACAACAACACACGUUCCGUUUUUGAAAUUCCUGCUAUUUUCACAUACGCCCAUAAAUUUCCAUUUACAAUUUCGAAUUGUCGCCGCGUUGUGCCAUUUGAUUUAUGCCUCUUCAAGCACUCACGACCCGUCGGUUUAACACCCAUGUGCAGUGACAGUAAAUUAGUGCGUCGAAAUACACAAAUCAACUAUUACAACUACAAAAAGUCAAAAGCAUAAUACAAACUAUAUAACACAAGUAGUAAAAUUCGAAAACUUGUCAGCCAGUUCGAUUCAUUAUAAGUGGAUUAAACGCUGAUAUCGGCCACCUUGUGCUUAAAGCAGUUACUUGCACAUUGAGUCACUACGUAUCCACGCCACGCCCUACACACCGCACAGUUGCAGGCCAACGGCACAAUCAUCGAUCGCACUAACGACCGUACGACGCCACACACAGCGUCCGCGUACGUGCCGACCAAUAUUACGCCAACGUUAGACUAUACCGGCCUCACCACGACGACUACAUUUUUGCAACAUUUCAAGGACGUCGUCACGACGAAGUUCUCCGGCAGAGACCACCACCUGCCACCGCUGCAUCCGCAUCCGCAUCCGCAUUCGCACCAGCAGUCGGCCGCACUGCAUCACCAUCAGCCACAUCAGUCUGUAGCACAAAGCUUUUCCACCAUUUUUCCAACAUACUUAGGCAUGGAUCGUGCCGGUGGCGGCGGCGGUGGUGCCGUCGCUGCUGGCAGCGGUCUGGGUGUCGUUCACAAUUCGGCCGGUACCGGUGGUGCUCUAAAUGGUCUGGAAGCUAUGUCAGCCGAAUCGACCGGUCUCUGUUUGCAGGAUUUAGUGAGUGCUGGCACAGCAGCGGGUGCCGGUUCGGCUGGUUCGGCUGAGAGUACCAACACAACAAGCACUGCACUCAGUAGCGGCAGUACAGGCAGUUCAACGGUGAAUGGUAGCGCCGGUUCGGCCACCGGACAAGAACAUUUGCACAAUCAUCACAGUCUCCAUGACUCCAAUUCGUCGGUUAGCAUUUCACCCGCCAUAUCGAGUCUGAUGCCAAUCGGCAGUCUGAGUCAUUUACAUCAUACAGCUGGUCAGGAUUUGGGCUAUCCGCAGCAUCCACAUCAUGCUGUGGUGCCACCGCAUACACCGAAGCAUGAGCCGCUCGAGAAACUGAGAAGUUUAUUCUUUUCAGUUUGGGCCGAGACUGGCGAUUUUCGUGAUAGUCAUAGUUCCAUGACCGCUGUAGCAAAUAGUUUGGAUAGCACACAUUUAAAUAAUUUUCAAACGUCAUCAUCAUCGGCGUUGUCGAACCGCAAUCGUGAUCGUAAGGAUGGUAAUCGUUCCGUCAAUGAGACCACAAUCAAAACCGAAAACAUAUCAAAUUCCGGUCAUGACGAACCGAUGACAACCACCACAGAUGAGCCGAAAAACGAUAAGAAAAACAAACGUCAACGCCGCCAGCGCACACAUUUCACAUCACAACAACUGCAAGAGCUGGAGCACACAUUCAGCCGGAAUCGAUAUCCGGAUAUGUCGACACGCGAAGAGAUCGCCAUGUGGACAAAUUUGACCGAAGCACGAGUUAGGGUGUGGUUCAAGAACCGUCGUGCCAAGUGGCGCAAGCGCGAGCGUAACGCCAUGAACGCAGCUGUUGCCGCCGCCGACUUCAAAUCUGGUUUUGGUUCACAAUUUAUGCAACCCUUCGCCGAUGAUUCGCUCUACUCAUCAUAUCCUUACAAUAACUGGACUAAAGUGCCAUCACCGUUGGGCACGAAACCUUUCCCUUGGCCGGUCAAUCCACUUGGCUCCAUGGUGACCACCAACCAUCAUCAAAACUCGGUGAACUGCUUCAAUACCGGCGCUAGCGGUGUGGCAGUCAGCAUGAACAACUCCAUGUUGCCGGGCACAAUGGGCUCUACGUUGACCAACAGCAAUGUCGGCGCCGCACCAUGCCCCUACACCACGCCCGCCAAUCCGUACAUGUAUCGCGCCGCCGCCGAACCCUGCAUGACGUCCAGCAUGUCAUCGAGUAUUGCCACGCUACGCCUAAAGGCCAAACAGCAUACCACCGGUUUUGCCAGUCCCUAUUCGGCACCGUCGCCAGUGUCGCGUUCCAAUUCAGCGGGUCUGUCCGCCUGCCAGUAUACCGGUGUGACUGAUGUUGUCUGAGAAAACGCCCUCGGGGCGCUACUCAAUCAACAUCAACAUCAUUUGCAUCACUUCUCCGCCAGCAGUGGUGGCGGUGUAUCCGCACACUCACCCAAUCUCAACAAUAAUUUACAUCAUUUACACAACAAUAAUAAUAAUAACAACUUGUUGAACAACAACAACCUGCUGCUAGAUCAUAAUGGCGAACUAAGCGUGGGUGUGGGCAGUCUGGUGGGCAACGGUGUGCACAAUAACAAAUCACCACUGGGACAUCAACACAGUGAUAUGGGGGAUGGCAACGGCGGACGUGGCGGCAAUGGUGGUGGCACAAAUAACGGACUAUUGGGGCCGAAUGUCAAUAGUGAUGGCGGCGACGAAGUGGAGGAGGUUAUCGACUAAAGCUGCCGCGGGUGGUUUUAAUUGGGUAGAGUUACUAUAAUGCAAAUAAAUAAAUAAAUAACGGCAACUUAAGAGGAAGGCAUAACACAAAUGCGGCUCUCAAACUGUUUUUGAGUGAAAUGUAAAGAGAAGUGUAUAAUAAUUAUUAAUGAAAAAAAAAUAUAUAAAAAAUAAAUUUAAAAAAUAAAAAGAAAAGCAAAAUAUUUGUUACAAUAAUUGUAAAAUAUUGAUUAAUUAAAGUGCAUACAGAUGUUUAGUGUUAAGUAAUUGA